AGUGUUAGCACGUAGGCAGCCAGCCUGCUCGCAGAGACUCAAGGGAGAGAAGGGGGAUGAAUCAUCAAGGCAGUUCUAUUGGGCUUGGGGUUGGUUUGUAUUCUAGAGAACCUGCCUGCCUGUUCCUCAUACUAGCCAAAACAGCUGUCAGACCUUCCCUGUACACAGCCACCAUAUAGUACUCCUGCUUGGACCUUAGAUUCGGGUGUCGCUAAGAAACGGACCUUCCCCCCUCUUUCACUCGGCCUUUCCUGUCCUGGUUUUUUAUCGCGGAAGGUCUCUGCUUGCAAUUUGCUGCUGAUUAUCUCAACUUCAUCAACUGGACACACUAUUUCUCCCGUUGAUUUAUGGAUGACUGUUUUUAAAAAGUGCUCCGACUGGAAGAGUUCCCGCUUCUGUUCACAUCGACUUUUGCAGAGGAUCACUGUUUUGCCAACUUUUCUAAUGAGUGAAGGACUACCUCCUGUCAGUCUAUGUUGAGCAUGAUUUUGAUGUGUCCUUAACAACCCUUCUGCUUCACCUUCUCUGUCAUCAUCUUGUGGAAAUGGACAAAGCUCUUUGAUUGACUGCAGUUGUCAUGUAAUGAGUUGAUCAAACCCAGUUUUCAAAUCUGGCAGUUGUAUAUUGGAGGAAUAAUAAAAAUGACUUUCUGACAAUGCCAGAAAUGGAGCCAAAGUGGAAUUUAAAGGAAUAUUAAUGCUUGGGUUAUUUCCCUUUUCCAUUUGUUGAAUGGAAUUUGUUGCUUAGAAAUACCCUUUUUGUGACAGAGAGGAAUCAACUUUUUGUGUCUUUGUGACCUAACUUAUAUAUGCCAAACCCCUGCAUGCAGUGGAGGGAUAUCUGUCAACGGCUUUCAUAUCUGUGUUGAUUUUCUCAUUGCCAGUAUGGACAUUAGCUUGGAAUAAUUCAUGUGUAUCUACACGCAUCUCCAGAUUGGAAUACUAUGACGACUUCAGGCUAAUCUUGCCUCCUUUUUAAUCAUGUCUUCUCACCAUAGAGAAUGCAUGGUAAAUUAACCAUAACCGGUUUAGGAUUGAGUGACAAAUAAAGGGUAUUGGCUCUGAACUUGAAAGAAGAGAGCACUUUUGACAAGAGACUUUAUGUAUGCAGCGGUGGCGACCAUCGGGCUUUGCAGCCCACCACCAAAACAUGUCCACUAUCCACAGCCCUUCAGAGAGCGGACCUUUGCCAUCCGGGAAAAGAUGCCAACUCGUGCACCACCCCCACCCCCUCCCAACACCACCACUACUACCACAACUCCAACAACACUGUCACCCCAUCUGCCUCCUCCACACUUCAUCCCGACAGGAUCCUGCAAUGACAGACUGGAGUUUGAGAAGCUCUUCAGCUCCGCCUCUGUGUCUCCGGUCCUGCGGAGACGGAUGUGGCAGGCUGCAGCCACCACCGGCAACUUCACCUUCAAAUCACCACCUCCCCUGCCCGUCCGUGGAGCCAGUGAGAACAAGCCAAAGGAAACAGUGCCUAAACAGGAGACAGCCAAAGGACACUUAUCAACAUCCGAAGAAAACCAAGUGCCACCUCCUCUCCCUCCCAGACAGUCGGUGUUUGACCCUGCAGAAGUGGAACUGCGGAACAAAUUCAAUGCAGCAAAGUCUAGCAGUACAGCCAACAAGAAAUAUGGUGCAAGCACAAACUCACAGUUGCCAAAGAAACACAAAAGCCCCUCUCAGUCUUUCUGGAGGACCUUCAAGUCGUCAAAGUCAACUGCUGCAAUCAGUAAAGUCUUCCCAUCAGCGUCUUCUUCCAGUAAGUGUAAGGAUCCGCCUCCACUACCACCGAGACAAGCGUCAGUCACUCCUUGUCCUAGGGCACCUCCCAGUGAGGAAGACCUCAAGGAAGAGGCAACAGAAGAUAAUGAGGAAGAGGAGGUAUCAGUUACCAGCAGAACAAUUACAGGUAAGGACGAAGUGCAUGUCCAGUUCUAAGAAGCAUCAUGGUGAAGCAUGUCUAGCUGUCGAGCAUCCUCAAGGUUUUCCUCAAGUUUACAGGAGCAUGAUGGAAUAAACUAAUUGCCUGCAAGGAAGAUAUGAUCUCGCAUCCAGAGUCGCAUUGGGACAAAAAAAGAUGUAUGUAUGUCAACCAACAUUCCAUAACUUUACCAAUUAUUAGACAAAGAUAUGUUAAAAAGCUGGUCAAACUUGCCUAUUGGAAGUGUUUUCAUGCAUGGUAUGAAAUUUUUUAAAUACCAUAGACUUAAACAUUGGUGAGAAUACCUCUAUUACCCACACAAGACAAACCAUUUCACAAAUUCUAUAUUAAUUCCGUAUGUUGCAGUACAAUCCCACAAAAUUAAUAUAAAAAAUGUCUGCAACUUGCAUGCUUUUAGUAUUUCAUCAAUUAUCAAAAUACAUCUUUAGGAAAAUUAUCAGAUUUUUUAAAAAUAUCAAAAAGUAGAGUUGAUUGCUCAGUCAAAUUUGAUUGAAAAUUAUCAUCAAAGUCUUUAAAUCAUAUCUCAUAAAUCGGUAUUACAUCGUGCAUGGCAACGAUGGUGAUAAGUAAUAUCUGUAGCAGGAAUGACAUUUGAAUGGUACUGAAACAAUGACAGUUUAAUUUCAAACAUUGACAAACUUUGUGCAUUGCGCUUGUCAAUAUAUUUUUGUCUGCAUGUUUGCAUCCUUGAGUGUUUAUACCUACAUGUAUCAGAGGUUUGAAGCAUCGGUAAUAAGCAAGAAAUCUCCCUGUCAACUUGACGUCACUCUAAAUUACUUCAAUUGCGUUCAAGGGUACAUGAUAUUGAAGGCCAAAGAUGUUAAAACCCCUUUAGCAAACCAUAAUUUCAGGGAAAAUCUGUAUGUUGCAUUUCAUUCUUAGAUUUUGAGUAUACUUCUUUGUGUAAGCAGCAAGUAUCAUCAUUAGUCAUUUGAAAAAUAGAAAUUGGCAGUAAGACCAAGGUUUGUUUUUUUAUAAAAAUUUUGCAAGGCAGCACAUCAAGUGAAGGUCAAGCACUCAAAAACUCCAAUGUGAUCAUGCAUGACAAUGGUUACAUUACUGUCUUAUAUUAACUUAAUAAAAUACUUAUUCAUCAGCUCAACACUAAAAAAACUAUAUUUCAUUUGUAUAAGAUUAUCACUGCAAGCAAUCUGUUUGGUGGUUAUAGAAAUAUGAUGAGAAAAUAUCAACAUAAAUAGAUUGAUGGUGUAUAUUGUGAAAGUUCCAUUUAAGGUGAAUUUAAUACCCAUUCAUAUACACGUAAGGUCCAUGCGAUGUGAUCAUAUAUAAUAAUGGUUGCAUUUCUGUCCUGUAAAAAGUGAAUAGAAUUUUCAGUCUUCGAUGAAAUGUAUGGUAAGCAUACACAUAUACAUAUUUUGAAGGUGUUAUUUGAUUGAAAUGAGUUGCAUUUUUUUGUUCUUUUUUCUUUAUUUUUAAUUCUCUGAACCUUAGUUCUCCCUUGAAUUAUCACUGUUUGUAUCAUAUUUGAAGAUGAGCAUUUGUAUAUACAAUGUAUGUUACAGCAAAUAAAACAUUUUUUUUCUUUCAUCAGUUA